AUGGCGGCUCCUUGGCCUGUUCGUUUCGUCUCCCUCUUCUCUUUAUUCAUCUUAUUACGAUCUUGCGGAGCAAACAAACCCAUCACCAUCACCAUCCCUCUCUCACCCUUUACCGGCCGCGCGACAUCCUCAGAUGAUAAACGGCAAAGUACGGUCAGUUACAUUUCUACGGCGUUGCUCAUCAGAGAUCGCCACCUCGAUUUCUCCUAUCGAUUUUGUCUCAUAUGCCCCAUAUUUCGGCCCCUAAGACGUCGCUCCUCAUUCCCAAGACGCCCCAAAACAUUCCCUCGACCUCUGCCCAAAAACCCUCUACCCGCCCGCAGACCACGAGAUCCACCACCCUCUGAUCCCCUCUUGCCGGGCGCUCACUAUCAGAAAUAUCCUCCCAGUUCUGAAGAAAUCCCUCUCUUCUCUGACAGCUACGGAAUGUAUUCGAUAUCUCUCAGCUUUGGAAGCCCCCCGAAGACCCUACCCUUCAUGAUCGACACUAGCAGUAGCGAUGUUUGGUUCCCAUGCGCGCCCAACUCUCUCAUAGACCAAAUUACAAACACCCCAAGGACAUUGAAUGGGAACACUCUGUUACAGACCCUGGAGUUUCCAGAGAAAACCGUGACUGAUUUUCUUGUCCAGUGCUUCAACUCCUCAGCCCAUCAACCUGUUGGUGUUGCCGGAUUCGGUCCUGGGCCAAAAUCGCUGCCUUCCCAGAUGGAUCUCAAGAAAUUUGCCUUUUGUUUACCGUCUCACUGGUCCAACGACAUGUCCGGGAGCACUCACCUUGUUUUGGACGACGGGUUGGAGACUAAAGACCUUAGCUACACACCAUUAUACAAGAACCCACAUGUCUCUAAUUCUGAGGGAAAUGGUGGAACCAUAGUGGACUCUGGUGCAGCUUUUACAUUCAUGGAAAGUUCUAUUUUCGAAGAGGUGGCACAGGAGUUAGAGAAGCAAAUGGCUAACUAUUCCAGAGCCAGUAGUGUAGGUAUUCUAGGGAUCUGUUUCAAUGUUUCGGGUGAGAAAUCUGUCUUCUACCCAGAAUUAAGCUUCCAGUUUGAAGGUGGUGCCAAAAUGGUGUUGCCAUUGAAGAAUUACUUUUUGUUGGAUAAUAAUUUGGGCGUGGCAUGCUUAUCAUUUGUGGAGGGUAACGAGCUGGCUAGUGUUGGUUUGAAUGGCGGCCCAACGAUUCGAUUGGGUAACAAUCAACUCCGAACCUAUUACAUGGAGUAUGAUUUGAAGAACGAGAGAUCAGGAUUUCAGAAACAAAGUUGCAAAUAG